AUGACAAACCCCCAUUCUAUGAUUAAACGAACAACAAAUCUUUUCAUGUCUCCAUUCAACCUUAAAUGUUGUAGUAAAAAGUUUUCUUCGUUUGUUCAAUCAAUCAUCCAUUUGAGCCCGUUUACGGUUCAAGUUAUUUAUUUUAUCAUCCUCUCUUUGUUCGGUUUUGUUGUUUUAAAGUCGUUAGACUUCAAAACAUCGUCGUUUAAGCCAAAAGACAUCGACUUAUUCUUUACAACAGUAUCUGCUUUAACGGUUUCAAGCAUGUCAACAGUUGACAUGGAAGUAUUCUCAAAUAACCAACUCAUCCUUUUGAUGUUUCUAAUGUUCAUGGGAGGCGAGAUUUUCGUUUCCAUGGUUGGACUUCAUUUUCGUAAGUUCAAACAUAGAGUAACCGAUUUUUGUUCUAACAAUGAUUUUGAUUCAACUGCCGAGUGUAGUAUCGAGUUAGGAAUAACCCCAAAUGAUAACAAAUAUUUUCCUAAUAAUAAAUCUUUGGAUAACAAUUACUUGAUGCACAAAGCAAUUAAAAGUUUAGGAUAUGUGGUCUUGUGUUAUAUUCUUGUUGUCCACUUCAUUGGUUUUAUCUUAGUUUACAUUUAUAUAUCUUUUACUCCUAGUGCUAGAGAUAUACUUAUAAACAAAGGGCUAAAUAGACACAUUUUUAGCCUUUUUACAAUUGUCUCCACAUUUGCAAAUUGUGGCUUUGUUCCCACAAAUGAAAACAUGACAAUUUUUAAGAAAAAUUCUGGCCUACUCUUGAUUUUAAUUCCACAAAUUCUUCUUGGAAGCACUUUAUAUCCGGUAGUACUUAGGGCCACACUUUUGGUUCUAACGAAGAUAACGAAAAGGGACGAGUUUGGUUACAUGUUGAAGUACUCCAAGGAGAUAGGUUAUGGCCAAUUGUUGUCAUCGGUACGAACGUUUUACUUGGCCAUAACGGUUUUCGGGUUGAUUUUAGUUCAACUUGCAGUGUUUUGUAGUUUGGAGUGGCAUAAUAUUGAUGUAAUGGAAGGACUAAGUAAUUAUGAGAAAAUGGUUGGGUCGUUUUUUCAAGUUGUGAACACUAGAUAUGCUGGCGAAGCUGUUUUUGAUCUCUCGAAAAUUUCUCCUGCAAUCUUGGUUGGAUUUAUUGUAAUGAUGUAUUUUCCAUCGUCAACGACAUAUAUGCCGGUCCAAGAUCAUGAAAGUAAAAGAAGUAAUCAACGAAGGAGUUUUGUAGAUUAUCUUUUAUUUUCACGACUCUCUUAUUUGGUCAUUUUCAUAAUUUUAAUUUGUGUUUCGGAGAAAAAAAAGAUGCAUGGGGAUCCCAUCAACUUCAGUGUGCUUAACAUUGCCUUCGAAGUUUUCAGUGCAUAUGGAAAUGUUGGAUUAUCAACAUGCUACAGUUGUCAACAUCAAAUCAAACCAAUCGUACAAUGCAAAGAAGAAUGGUAUGGAUUUGCGGGAAGAUGGAGCAACAAUGGGAAAUAUUUGCUAAUUAUGGUGAUGUUUUUUGGAAGACUAAAAAAUUUCACUAAAAACGGUGGAAAAUAUUGGAAUGCUUCAUAG